AGGAGGAAAUGAUGCAAAAGAGCUGGGAUCAAUACUGCAAAAAGACAUUUCGGAGAGCAUCAAGAUUCAAUCUUGCUUUUUAUGAUUAUUAUUUUAAGAAGGGGAAUUUGGCAACUACUUUUCCUUCCAACAGUUUAUGAAAAGUACAAAUGCCAAAACUGUGGAGGAAAAAUACAGCAUUUUAUCAAAUAGUUGCUUCCUAUUACAGUCGCAAAUCUGCAUCUCAAAAGCUCUCCUUUAGCAUCAGGAAUUGUACAGUGUGUACUCCUAAUUGACAAGAAUGGCAAGUAACCCCUCAGUGGCUAUGCUUAGUAAAGUUCUUGAGCAGCAAAUGCUCCAAACAACUGAGAUAGUGGAACAGCAUCUAGAUACAGAGAUUGAAAAGUUUGAGAAGAUGGAUGCAGAUGAACUAGAGAAACUUCGAGAAAAGAGGCUUGAAUCAAUGAAGAAAGCGCAGCAUCAGAAACAGGAAUGGCUUUCCAAGGGCCAUGGUGAAUACAAGGAGAUUCCCAGUGAAAAAGAUUUUUUUCAAGAGGUUAAAGAGAGUAAAAAUGUGAUUUGCCACUUUUACAGAGAUACUACAUUUAGAUGCAAGAUAGUAGACAAGCACUUGGCUAUUCUGGCUAAAAAGCAUGUGGAAACAAAGUUUAUCAAAUUGAAUGCAGAAAAGGCUCCUUUCCUUUCUGAAAGAUUACGAAUCAAAAUAAUCCCAACAAUGGUUCUGGUAAAAGACGGAAAAGCUAAAGACUAUAUAGUUGGGUUUGAUGACCUUGGUUGCACAGACAACUUCACAACUGAAACUUUAGAAUGGCGACUGGGCUGUGCUGCUGUCAUUAACUACAGUGGAAAUUUGAUGGAACCGCCUUUCCAGCUGCAAAGAAAAAGUGGAUGUAUCACUAAAAUGGAGAAAAGAGCAAUUCGAGGAAAAAGUAAUGAUUCUGAUUCAGAUGAUGAUGAUUAAAGUAUGUUUCUUGAUCCUAAAUCUUGCUUCUAAUUUAAUCUUUUUGUUUUUCUUCUAUCCUACUCAUUGUCAACUUUAGUUUUAACAGAUGACAUUUUUAAUUUUUGUAGAUUAAUAAAACUCCAAAUACAAUUACAUUGUAAACACUGACUUUGUCAAAUAUUGACUGCUGAAAAGAUUUUUUUAGAAAUGUUCCACAAAUGUGACACAGCCAUUUAUUUUGCUGCAACUACACUGCAAGUCUUUCUUUUGUAACAAAUGCACAACACUUGCAUCACUUACUAGUCAAAUAUUUAUACAAACAUUGUACUUAGUAAUAAACUGGAAGGACUCGUUCAUUCA